ACGCCCUACCGCGUCAUACGUAAAAUGGCCCCUCGUCUGCAGCUGGAGAAAGCCGCUUGGAGGUGGGUGGACAGCGUGAAACCAGAGGACAUAACGCAGGAGCACAUCGAGUUGGCGUACCGUGUCAGGGUAUCGGCGUGUAAGAGGGGGACAUGCAGGAGAAAUUGCAAAGGAAACCCGAAUUGUCUAGUAGGAAUUGGGGAGCAAUCAUGGCUGGGAGAAAUUGACGAAAAUGCCUUUCACAACAUCGAUGACCCAAACUCUGAAAGAAGAGACAAGAACACAUUCGUGGGCCUGACGAAUCUCGGUGCCACAUGUUACGUGAACACUUUUCUCCAGGUGUGGUACAACUUGGAACUGCGCCGCUUGCUUUACCAGUGUCACAACUCCAGAGCUGAGGUGCACAACGCAGAGUCAGAUUACGAGGCGAAGACGAUAUGUGAACAUUUGCAGUACCUGUUUGCUUUGCUGCAGAACAGCAACAGAAGGUACAUCGACCCAUCGGGUUUGGUGAAAGCGCUGGGACUCGAUACGGGCCAACAGCAGGACGCGCAGGAGUUUUCCAAACUCUUUCUUUCACUCCUCGAAGACACUUUGUCCAAGCAGAAGGAUCCGAACCUCCAAAAUGUGAUUCAGCAGCAGUUCUGUGGACAGUUUUCUUACGUUACAGUAUGUAACCAGUGCGGGCGAUCGUCUGCUUUACCGUCUCGGUUUUACGAGCUGGAGCUCAAUAUACAAGGGCACAAAAACCUGACAGAGUGCAUCACAGAGUUCCUCAAGGAGGAGAAAUUAGACGGUGAUAACCGAUACUUCUGCGAGAACUGUCAGAGCAAGCAGUGUGCCACACGUCGGAUUAAGCUCCACAGCCUUCCACGGACUCUCAACCUUCAGCUUAUGCGCUUUGUGUUUGAUAGGCAGUCUAGUCACAAGAAGAAGCUAAACACUUAUAUUAGUUUUCCAGAAGUCCUUGACAUGAGCCCGUUUUUGGAAGAUGAAGAGGAGAAGUGUAUGUACGAGUUGAGCGCCGUGCUGAUUCACCGUGGCGUGAGCGCCUACUCCGGCCACUACAUCGCUCACGUGCGAGACGCUCUCGCCAACGACUGGUACAAGUUCAACGACGAGGAGAUUGAAAAGAUGGAGGGCAAGAAGCUUCAGCUGGGCAUCGAGGAGGAUCUGGCUGAAACUGGGAAGUCACAGACCCGGAAGCCUAAAUAUAGCAAAGGCUUUCACUGUUCGAGAAACGCCUAUAUGUUGGUGUAUAAACGGCAGGAGGAGCAGGAGGAUCAAAUCCAGACCAGUGUGGAGGUGCCAGACUUCCUCCAGAAGCUUGUGGACCAGGACAACAAAAAGUUUGAGGAGUGGUGCAGUGAGAUGGCAGAUAUGAGGAAACAGAGUGUGGACAAGGGCAAGGCCAAGCACGUGGAGGUCAAAGAGCUCUAUGAGCUUCUACCUCCACAAGAGGGUGAGCCGUAUGAGUUUGUCCCUGUGGAAUGGCUGAAGAAAUGGCUGGACGACUCGACAGCCAUCAAAGAGAUUGACAACAGCAGUUUUCUCUGCUCACACGGAAAGUUGCACCCGGACCGCCUGAACGAGGCCAAGCGCAUUUCCCACUGUGCUGCUCAGAUCCUCUUUAGUCGCUAUGGUGGAGGACCCAGAAUAGAUGGGUCGUUUCUGUGCAGAGAGUGUGUAGUGCGACGGUGCCGUGUCCUGAGGCUAAAAAACCAACUCAAUGAAGACUACAGAGAGGUCACCAACCUCGCCAAGGCACAGCCCAAAAGUAACGAGCAGGGUUUCUGGGUCGGGAAGGCGUCUCUGAGGCAGUGGAGGCAGCUGGCUCUGGAGCAGCUGGAGGAGGAAGAAGAGGAGACCAAACACAGCGACUGCAAAACGAACGGGGAAAAUUCCUCAAGUCCGAGAGAUGGUGAGAAGGAGAACGACAGAGAUGAAGAUGAGAUGAAGAAUUUCAAUGAAGACAUUCUUUGCUCUCACAGUGGUCUGAGUAUUCAGGAGAGUGAGAGGCGGCUGGUCACCAGCGAGGUCUGGAGCAAGCUGAAGGUUUAUUUCCCCAAAGCACCAGAGUUCACGCAUCAACAGGAGGCUUGCCAGCAGUGCAUGAGGUUGGAACGGGAAGGUAAAGAGAACGAGGCUCUGAAUCGAAUGAUGGCCAAUGAGCAAAAGAGCUCUCUCCUCAAUCUUUUCCACGAGAAGAAUCGUCCAUCACUGCAGAAGUGGCCUCAGGACACGGACAUUCUGUACAUCGUGCCAUUGUUCUUUGUUGACGAGUGGAAAAAAUUCAUCAGAAAGCCAGCCAAGUCGAACCCGGUAUCCAGUAUUGGAAACAGCAUCCUGCUUUGCCCUCAUGGAGGCUUCAUGUUCACAUACGACUCCCUGCUUCAAGGAGAUGUUCAGCAUGUAGCUCUGCUCUGGCCAGCUGAAUGGGAUGUGAUCUGCAGGCUGUUUUUGGUGGACCAGACCAUCUCCAUAUGCAGGAUCCACGAUCCGUCGCAGGACAACGGGAACGUGCAGUACCACACCCAGCCUGAGCUGUGUCGAGAAUGUCGUGAGGGCUUUAUAUUCCAGCAGCAGAGGGACUUGCGGGAGUACGCUCAGGCCACUGUUUAUGUGCGCAAAGUCGUCGACAACAAGAAGAUAAUUAAAGAGGCUGCUCAGGAGUUCAGUAUGAGUGGCUCAGAAGCAGAGGAGGAGAGAGAAGAGCCCAAAAUAGAAGGAGAAAAAGACCCAGACUUCAAUCAGUCCGAGGACGGAGCAAAGCGACAGAAGCUGAGCGAGACAACUUCUGCCGUCGCCGUCUCAUCCUCGUCCUCAUCCUCUUCCACUUCCUGUGUGGCUGUGGGGAAAUCAGGGAUUCGGCGGAGCAUGCGGCACAGGAAGCUGCGCGGGGAGAAAGCCCUUAUCGUCUCCGCCAACCAGACACUUAAGGAACUCAAGAUCCAGAUCAUGCACGCCUUCUCUGUCGCGCCGUUCGACCAAAAUCUGUCCAUAGAUGGCCGAUCGCUAACCGAUGAUUCGGCCACGCUAGGAAGCCUUGGAGUCUUUCCAGAAAGCAUCAUAUGUCUAAAGGCUGAUGAGCCAAUUGCAGAUUACGCAGCUAUGGAUGAUGCAUACCAAGUCUGUUUACCUGAAGAAGGAUUUAAAGGUACUGGACUACUGGGACACUAAUACGGGCUGUGGAUGUGAUCCUGACAGCAUCUGUGUGAAACAAAUAAAGCUUGAAUUUACAUCAAGAGGUUGACUGAGAGAACGAAGUCAGAUUUGUUUAGAGUCUGAUUUUAUAUAUAUAUAUAUAUAUAUAUAUAUAUAUAUAUAUAUAUAUAUAUAUAUAUAUAUAUAUAUAUAUAUAUAUAUAUAGGGCUUUGUAACUUAGUUACAAUUCCUUUAGCGUCGUCUGUUUUUACUUUAAAGCAAAACAAAAUCAUGCGUUUGCUUUUAAUAUUCCAAGCUGUUGAUGCAUUCUGUAAGUGCACCCCAUGACUGUGAAGAGAUACGGAUCGAGACCUCAUAUCACAUCGCCUUCGUUCUUCGUGGCAGCGUGAUAAUAGCUCCAGAGGACGGGCUGACCUUCAGACGCCCUCGUUAUUUUAUUUUCUGUAAAAGCUUCCGGAGAAUAUUUUAUCAAUGGUUACACACCGCAGCGUCUAUCCGAUAUUCCUAAAGAAUGCAUGAGCAACUUCAAUAUUAAAAACUUAUCUGUGUGGUUAUAAGGACACCUAUUUUUUAUUUUAUUUUUUCUUCACACCAAAAUCAACUCUAACUCCGGAAAAAGCAACAUCUGGAAAGACAUGGAAGAAUACUGUACUAAACAGGGGAAAAAAAACUAUACGCAGUUAAAACAUGUUCUGCUGUUACUUGAAAUAUAAUGCAGAAGUGUGUGUGAUUCUUUUCUGUUCAUCUUUUUAUAAGGGCAAUAAAGUUCUUUUUGGUUUUUUUCCUCACAAGGUCAUAUAGAGUUAAAUGUGAGAACAGAUCAAAAGGAUAAACGUGUUUCCCUUUCUGAAUGCCACAGAAAUAUUCUAUUCUUUUCACCUUUUUUGCCCCCUGUAUCUCCCUCCAUGUUGGGAAUUCUCUCAGUAACGUUCUCUCUGUUGUAAAUCCAGAUUUCACCGAAAGCUUUUGCACUCUUGUACAUAUUGUAGAUUUCUUCGUAGACUCUGAUAUGACCAAAACUGAAUAAAUGCUGAUAUAUGAAUCAA